UUCCGCGUGGCGCCCCGCCGCCUGGCCGCGCAGCUCCCGCGAGGUCCCGCCGCGGCCGCCCCGCGGAAGCCGAGCUCGCCUCCCCGAGCCGGGCUCUGCCAGCGGUGACGCGCCGCCGCGGGGGUCGCGCCGCGCCGGCCUUUGAAUCCUGGGAAGGACGCGCCAGCGACAAGCCCCGCCCCGGAAACACGCCCCCUGCCGCCGAGGCGCGCUUUCGAAAGUCCCCACUCCGGCCCUGGUACCCUUCGUUGUCUUCGGGCAGCUCGCUUGCCGGUGCCCUCGAGUCCGCCCCGCCCUGUGCGCCCUCCCGGACGCGGGGGUGGGGGGAGCCCCGAGGCCGCACAGCGAUGAGCAGGACCCGCGAGGAGGUGGACGCGACGCUCCAGAUCGCCAAGCUGAAUGCGGCCGAGCUGCUGCCGGCCGUGCACUGCCUGGGCUUCGGCCCCGGGGCCGGCGCCGCCGCGGGUGACUUCUGCCUGCUGGAGCUGGAGCCCGCGCUGUGCCAGCAGCUGGAGGCCGGGCGCAGUCUUGUGAUUCGUGGUGAUAAAGAAGAGCAGGCUGUGCUGUGCAGUAAAGACAAAACGUAUGACUUGAAGAUAGCAGACACUUCCAAUAUGUUGCUUUUCAUUCCUGGUUGUAAAACUCCUGACCAGCUGAAGGCGGAAGAAACACGUUGUGACAUUAUUCAUACUGAGAUCUUUGGUUUUUCUAAUAAUUAUUGGGAAUUAAGAAGAUGCAGACCUAAAUUAAAGAAGCUAAAGAAGCUUUUGAUGGAAAAUGCCUACGAAGGACCUGACAGUCAGAAAGAGAAGGAUUCCAAUCAUUCAAAAUAUACAACUGAAGAUUUGCUUGAUCAAAUUCAGGCAAGUGAGGAAGAAAUAAUGGCCCAAUUACAAGUUCUAAAUGCCUGUGAGAUUGAAGGUUAUUGGAGGAUUCUUGACUUUGAUUAUGAGAUGAAACUUCUGAAUCAUGUAACUCAGCUUGUGGACUCUGAAUCUUGGUCUUUUGAUAAAGUUCCUUUGAACACGUGCCUUCAGGAGCUUGGACCAUUGGAGCCAGAGGAAAUGAUUGAACACUGUCUUAAAUGUUAUGGAAAGAAAUACAUAGAGGAAGGUGAAGUUUAUUUUGAAUUGAGUGCUGAUAAAAUAUGCAGAGCAACAGCACAGAUGCUACUUCAGAAUGCGGUGAAAUUUAAUCUGGCUGAGUUUCAAGAAGUGUGGCAACAGAGUGUUCCCGAAGGAAUGAUAACCAAGCUUGAUCAACUUAAGGGUUUAGCCUUGGUGGAUAGACAGUCAAGACCACAAAUCAUAUUUUUGCUAAAAGUAGAUGAUCUACCUGAGGACAAUCAAGAACGUUUUAAUAGUCUAUUCUCUCUAAGGGAAAAGUGGACAGAAGAAGACAUUGCUCCAUAUAUUCAAGAUUUGUGUGGAGAGAAGCAAACCAUAGGUACAUUACUCACUAAAUACUCUCGCUCUUCAAUACAAAAUGGUGUUAAAGUUUAUAACUCGAGAAGACCCACUUCUUAAAAGAACAACAGUCUUUCUUUGGGACUAAAGUUGCUUCAUAAAGUUGAUGGAUAUAAGAAAAAGAUUCUUUCAUGUAUUUGUAUUCCAGACUUUAAAAAACACACUGCCUUGAGGCAUUUUUCUCCUCAUCCCUAAGCGGUUUGCAACUACUGCUCUUUUUUCCCCUUAAAUGUGGUUGGGCAUUUCUAUAUCUUUCAAGUUAUGUUUGCGUUAUGAAUACAGUGUAAAGGACAAAAGGAAGUGGUGUUUACUAGAUUUAGAAUACCUCUAGAGUCUACAUAUUUUAUUUAUAGAAAAAGUUUUGCAUUUUUUAUAUUUGAAAUUGCAUUUCUUUCAUUAGGAUUUGAU